UCCAUGGCGUCAAGGUUUCAACAGUUUCAAACAAAGACUAUUCAAGUGUCACGGUUGGUGACCAAGAAUGGAGGUCCUUAUUACAAGGAGCUGAAGGAAAGGGCUAUUCAAGUUUCACAGUUGGUGACCAAGAAUGGAGGUCCUUAUUGCAGGGAGCUGAUGGAACGGGCUAUUCAAGUUUCACAGUCGGUGACCAAGAAUGGAGGUUCUUAUUACAGGGAGCUGAUGGAACGGAACAAGACAUACAUCAAGGAACCAUCCAGCGUAGAAACAUGCCAAUUGUUGGCAAAACAAUUAUUUUAUACUCGACUCGCCAGUAUUCCAAGAAGAUACGAGGCGUUCUGGAAAGAGCUUGAUUCCCUUAAAGAGCUUCUGAAAACAAAGGAAGCUUGGAACAUUGAAAAUGCAAGCAUGGCUGCUCUGAUUGGAGUUGAGUGCUAUGCCUGGUUCUUUGGUGGAGAGAUAAUUGGAAGAGGCUUCACAAUUACAGGUUACCAUGUUUAAUAUUCAACUUUAUUUUUCUGAGAAUUUGAAUCAAGCUGAUGAUCCUUUUUGUCAACUGGACAUCAUUAUUUAUUAGAACAAUAAGACUCUUUUAAACUAGUUUUAACUUUGUUAAAUAAGACUUUAUAUUUUUAUUGUA